AUGGCAACCGACGAUGUUGUGAUCCAGAGGAUGCCUCUGCGCACAUCCCCCGAGGAUCGCCUCAACUCUUAUAAUCAUCACUCCUUGGCACCAUGGCUGGAAAAUACAGGCUACCUUACCCCAUUAUUUCUGUACCACCGCGAGCGCGCGCUCGACGAAUUCAACAUGGGCCGGUGGCUUUCACUCCAUGUUGAAAAGCACAUGCUUCGAUCGCCUUUAACCGUUCUGAACUUGAGCAAGAUUCAACUCCAAGAGCUCCUCGCCUUAGUGGCAAAAACAGAUUACGGGAAGACCAUACCUACUGACGAGACCUCGCUGCAAAGCCUAAGCAACGAAUUCUCACUGCCCAGUGAGAUCCCAAGAUCGGGCUUCUUCGUACGCAUGAGCCACUGUUCCCCCAAAGACGCAGACAAAGGCGAUCUGAAGCCCGUCUUCACGAUAAGUGAAGCUCUCAUCAAAAUCAUCUCCUCAAAACGCACUGUGCAAGCGCUCCUGCGUCUGCUCUCAGCUCCCGAUGAAACCGACAACAAAAUCUAUCUCUUCCCAUACCAUGCCGAACUCGACAAACUUAGCGAGUGGCGCUGUUAUAUACACGGCAACAAAGUCGCCGCCAUCAGCCAAAGCAGGUUCUACCAGCCUAAUUAUCCCGACAUCCCAGAUGAUACGCUCCGACGACUCGUACAGCAGGUCAAGGCCCUAUGGGACGAUAUCGGCCCUACUUUCAGCUUCAACUCUUGUGUUUUGGACGUGUACGCUGAAGUCCGUAAGCUGGAUUUCAAGACAAGGCUUAUAGAGAUCAACCCCUGGGGUUCUCACUUGGGGUCAGGGAGUUUGUUGUUUCACUGGCUCGACGAUGCGGAACUUUUGCAGCCGCAAGAGUCGUCUACUUCAACAGUUUUGAGGCUCGUUGCAUCUGACACCGCUAGCACUGCGGCGAACGCAGAUUUUAGUCGGAAGGAAGCGUAUCGGAUUGGGCGCGCUGGCAUCGUUGAGGACGAACUGGCGUGCCUGAGAGAUCGAGGAUUGGUCUGGGUUUUGGAGCCCUCCAAGCAUCGACAGUUCAUGAGUUUGCCUGUGCAUGACCUAGAGCCUUACAGAGAGGCUGUUACGACGAGGAAAGCUGGUCUUGCGGCUUUCAUGGAAAUGUACGGAAACGAGGGAUAUUCUAGCAAAUCAAGUUCGUGUGCAUACCGAACUAUCACGCUGUUUAAAGCCACUAAAGUACCCAACCACCAAUAUAAAGAUGAAAGCGCACCAUUAGCGCCGACUCUAACUCAGAAGGUGACCUCCAAUAAGGCGGCGGCGCGACACUACCAACAACCUCGACCCCAACUGGUGGCUAUAUUUGGAGCACGCGAAGCUACGAAGUACGAACAUUUGGUUCAACUUCCCGUUAAGAACAACAGCACCAACACAAUUGCCAUUAGAUCGCCAAACAUGGUUACAACUAGCUUUCCCAGACGGCCCUCAGACUCAACUUCUGGAAGGCCAUGCUGCACGUCUUGA